UUCGGAGAGGAGGGAACCCCUCCUCGUUGCCGCUGCUAAGAAUAGAUGUUUGACGAAGAUGCUGGCUACACAUUCAAGCAACUGAUUUCGGAUGUAGCCAGCAUGAGAGGCUGACCAGCUCUCCAGAGAUUAAGGAAGAUGAGUAAUGGCGGUGCCUGGAUGGAAGCUUGAGCGACAGGUCAGUGAAAGUUCCGUCGAAAGUUUAAAGACUCUAAAUGAAGACCUUCGCACCCACCUGGCGAAACUUCGCAACCAGUUGGACCUUCAGAGAGGCAAUGUCAAGCAGGUCCACUGGCAGAAGGUGUUGGACAUCCGCAUGGUCCGAGAACAGGAGCAACAGAAACACCUGGCCACCAUAGCUGACCUCCAGACCAAGUUUCAGGCCGAAAAGUCACGUGAACUUGAAAACCAACGCGAACAGCUUCAGCAGAAACAUGAACAUGACCUUCAGAAAUUUACAAGGAUGAAGGAGACGGAAGUCACCAAGCUGAGGCAUGAACUGGAACAGAAGGAAUCUCUUCUGCAUCGGUACAUCAGCGAGACCAGGAGAGAAUCUCUUCGGCUGUCUCAAGAUGGAAGGAAAUCAAAACUGUUGCAUGAACUCAGUGAUUUACGGAGUACCAAGAAGCAGCUUGAGGACUCGCUGACCUCGGCAAGUGAGGCAGAGAGGCAGUAUUGCCGGCAGUUGCGCAAAACAGCAGAACAUUACCAGUCGGAGGUCGUGAGGGUCAAGCGUGAAGCAUACAUAGAAAUACGGCACCUGAUUGAGCAACUAAAGAAUAAGGACAAGAUAAUUUCGCACUUGGAGCGAGAGCUGGGUCAUCAGUCGGGGUAUGCGCUGCACCUGGCGCUCGAGAGGGAGCCGACGUCACACGACGCCUCCCCCCACCCCGCCACCCUAGGUGUCACACCUAACAUGGAUCUCAGUCUCGGCAGCAGCGGCAGUAAUGGCAAACUCGGUGAUGGCAGUGGAACCAGGGCAACCACUUACACGCUAUCAUAUGAGGGCGAGGGCAAACGAGCUAUCGAGGAUUUAGCUCACCUAGAGACUGAGGUCCAAGAACUAAAGGAGAAGUGUGACUGUCUGGUGCAAGACAACCAGGAACUGAGUAAGAAACUCAAAGAUAUAGAACAGAAGAACCGACAACUUAAUGAAAAGAACAAGAAGUUUCUUGACAAGAAUGUGGAACUUACCUCUAUCAACCGAAACCUCAAGGACCAAACUCAAUUGCUCACAGAGGAUCACAGGAAACUUAACCACCAGUAUGAACAUUCCAGACGCAAGUGUCAACAGCUGAUGAAACAGCUGCAGCAGGAGCUUUGUGAUCUCAGCUGCGCAGAAGAGAAGGUGCUGCAGAUGGAGGGCAUGAAGCAGCAGAUCACAGAGCAGGGCAAAUCCAUCGCUGCGCUCAAACAGGCCUGCUCAGAAAAAGACAGAAGAAUAGAAUUAAUACAACACAGGAAGAAGAGAAGAAGGUUAAUGAGAUCACAGGAGAAGUUACAUGUACCUCUUCUGCCCUGGCAGUGUACGGGAGUAAAGGAGACCUUCUAUGGAUACGAUGAAGACAGCAGAUCAGAAAACUCAGAGAACUCGCUGUCAUCUGUUUCCUUGACGAUAUCUGAUGAUGACCUUUGGGAUGAGCUGACCCGUGAGGAGGUGGAGAAGAAUUACCAGAGGUUGAUGCGUGAACACCAAGAGCUGCAGAAGUCCCAUGCCUUGCUGCAGAGUCAGACUGACGGUCUGCUGGACCCACAGAGAGAGGCCAAGAUGAGGAACCAGCUGGAGAUGGAUCUGUUCAAAAGUCAGUGUCGGAUAGAGGAGCUGGAGAAGUUAUUGCAGGACACGGGACAGGGUGAAGCUUGUGAAUGGCUCCGAGAGAAAGAGAAGUUCUUCAUGUCCAAUGAAGAGCUGCAACAGCGGGUACAGGUGUUCGAGAGCGAGACCACCAACCUCCAGCAAGACCUGACGGAGAAGACAGAGCAGAUCGAGGACCUGGAGUUCCGCAUCCUUGAGCUGGAAGAGUGUGCACAGCCAAAGGUUUGUGAGUGUGGAGGAAGGGAGGUAACUCCAACUGACAGCAUGUCAGGGGGCCCUCUUGAGGUUGAGGCCCUGCAGGGGCAGUUGAAGGUGUUGCUGCAGGGGAAAGGGAAGGAGGCUGACACAGUGUUGAAGAAGCUGGAUAAAUUUAAGAAUGCUGAACAGCAAAUCAUCAACCUGGAAUGUACAGCCAAAGAACUUCAAUCCAAGGUCAUUUCCCUCCAGCAAGAGAAGACAACUCUGGAGGAAAUGUUACUCUCCACCCAACAAGCGACAACACCCUCUCCAAACAGGCAUGAGUCUGUCGAGGUGCUGGCACUCAAGGAUCAGCUUCUAUUCCACGAAAAGUCGGAGGUAGAGCUUAUGGAGAAGAACAUUAAGCUCCAGACAAAGUUGGAUGAAUGUGAAGGUCAGAACUGCAAACUGCUGAGGAGGAUUGAUGAGCUGGAGGAUAAGGUCAUCAAACUGCAGACAAAGCAUGGGAAACCCAUGAACAGAACUGACAGUGAGAAGGAGAAGUUUCAUGAGAAGCUGAUUCGGACCAAUUCCACUGGGUCUGAUAGUCCGAGUAGAAGGGACAAGUACUCACAGACAAACACCAAGAUGCUGGAUAAAAGUGUAACUGCCAAAUAUGACGAACUUGUUAAACACACUGAAGCUGAUUUUGAUAUCCUGGACCAAAAGAUGCAGGUUUUGUAUGAGGAAAAUAUGUCUCUUCAACAAAAACUUGUUGAGAAGAAAAUAAUUGAUGAAGAGUCGGACAAGAGUUUGGACAUGUCAUAUGAUAGUCGGUUAGCAGAAAUGGAAGAAUACUGUGAAGAUUUGCAGGAUCGCCUUCACACUGCAGAAAUGUCAGAAAGACAGUUACGAGAAAAGCUGAAACUGGCGGAAUACACCAUCAAUGACCUUGAGAGUAGUGAGAACUAUUGUAGAGAAAAGGUGGAGGAGUUGACCAAUCGAGAAAGUGAGGCGAAAAGGCAGACUAGCCAACUGUACCAGACAGUACAGGAACUGAAAGAGAUCGUACUGGACAAAGAUGUUAUUGAAACAGCGUUACGCGAGAAGGUGGACUUUCUGGAGAAGGCAGAACUGGCCUCAGCCCAAAUCAUUCAUGAACUACAGAAUACAGAAAAGAGUCUUCGGCAUCAGUUGGAGCUGAAGUCAGACAUUGAGGGUGAUGUUAAGUUUGCUGAGCGUCUGAAAGGCCGCAUAAGUGUGUUAGAGAGAGACAACAAGAAGCUGAGCGUGAAGGUGUCGGAGUUGGAAGAGGAUGAGGAGGUGUUGAGGGAGAACUGGAGGAGGGUGGCGGAUGAGGAUGCCAACAGAAUCGAGUGUCUGGAAGAGAAGGUGAAAAUGUUGGAAGCCAUGAACAAACAGCUCAAAAAUAGUCUUCAGGAUGCACAAGACAAUGUGUACAUUCAUAAUAAUGUUCCUCAGUCUUCCUCCUUAGCUACUGAGUUGUCCGAGUCAGAAAAGAAUAAUGGUGAAUUGACUAUGGCUAAAAGGUCUUUCUCAACUCCAUAUCUCCAUUCCGCGGGCUAUGAGGUGUCGAUGCCCCAAAGGUCCCUUUCACAGAGGGAUUUGGACUUCAUUACCGAAACUGAAGGGUUUGAAAAGAUACAAGAAUUAGAGGAACAGAUAAAUAAUAUUGUAGAGGAUAAGAAUUCCAAAAUUGAAAAUUUGCAUGAAAAGAUUGCCAAUUUGCACGACAACGAAGUGAAACUGACUGAAACGCUAAUGGAAAUGGAACACGAGGAACGAGAACUGAAAGCAAAGAUUGCCCUGUAUGAGAGCAAGGCAGUUACAGUGGAGAAGAUGCUUCAGUAUGAAGACAAGAUAAUGGAGCUCCAUAGUUCUCAGGAGAACCUUCUGGAUAGACUUGAGUCAUUGGAAGAUCAUGAGAUGACUCUUCAGGAAAAACUUGACCGAGCAGAACAGCAGGCCAAGAUCAAAGUUGGGACCCUUGAGAAACAGCUAAAGAAUGUACAUGCUCAGUUGGAGCAGGCUAAAACGAGAGGGGAGGAACUUGUGAAGGAGAAGGAGUUCCUCAAGAAGCAGAUUGACAAACUGGAGAACAAGAUCAGACUGUAUGUGAAAAAGGGAGAAGAAGCAAAGGAAAAGGUUACUGAGUUGAGUGGACAGAUUAGUGUGUAUGAACAGAGAGAGGAGUAUGCUUCAGGGAAACUGAAAGAGAUGGAGGAGACUUUGAGUGCAAUUCAGCAGAGAGAGGAAGGUAUGAAAGCUAAAAUUGCUGAACUUGAGGGUGAGAUUGAAGUUCUGAAUCAGAGGGAGGAGAAAGCAAAAGCCAAAUUGGUUGGAAUGAAAGAUGACAUGAAGAAACUUGAACAGAAGGGUUCACAUUCCUCUGCUAGAAUUGCAGAGCUUGAAAAGCAUGAGAAGGAACUGAUGGAGAAAGUGUCUCAAUAUUCUAAGAGAGAUUCCACAUCAAAACAAAGGAUUUCUGAGUUGGAGAGUCAGAUGAGUAAGAGUGUUUCUAAAUGUGGUGUGUUAGAAAGAGAGUUGACAGAAGCACAAGAGAAUGAAAUUGCUAGAUUAGGAACAAUACAAAAUAUGGAAAAAGCCCAAACUGAACUGAGUGAAUCUUUGAAAAAAAUGCGUGUAGUGAAGAAAUAUGUGCAACAGAUCUCAACCCUGGAACAAACAAAGUCUCUGGCUGUAACCGAGCUUGAGAAAGAAAAACAUGAACUGUUGGAGAAAAUUAAGAAAUUAGAGAUGAGUGUGCGAGAACAGGUAGGAAGUGUUAAAUAUUUAGAACAGAAACUCUCACAAUCUCAGGGAUGUGAACGGACAGGUGCUGAGAAAAUGUCAUCCUUAGAGACGACACUUGCAGAGUAUGAGGAAAUUGUUGUGAGGAAAACAACAGAAGUUACUGAAUUACAGAAAGAAAAGUUGGAACUGUCCAAGAAGGUCAGUGAUCUUGCAAAUGAAAGUGAUCAGCUGGAAGAAGAAAAGAUAGAACUGAAGGACCAAGUGUGGAAUCUUCAGCAGGAUAAGAAGUUCCUUGAAAAUCAGUUGGAUGAGUUUACAGGGAAGGAAGAUGGACAGAAGAAGGUUCUAGAAUCCUUGAGAGCUUCUCUGAGUCAACUUCAAGAGACAAAUAAAGACUAUGAGAGCCAAGUUCAGACAUUGUCUUGUGACGUUGAAUCUUUUGAAAAGAAGAAUAAAAACCAUUCUUCUGAAAUAGACCAAGUGUUGUCUCAGAAACGUGAACUGGAAAAGAACAUUCAGAAUUUGUCGGAACAAGUUGCUUCUUUGGGAAAGGAAAACCAGGAUCUCAGGACUCAAAUUUUAGAUAUUUCAUCAGAAAAAGAAGAAAUUCAGUCAUCUUUGGACAGGUUGACAUGUGAUAUUGACUUCUUGAAUGGUUUAGUAGGGGAUCUCAAAUUCAGUGUGAAAACCUUGGAAAAUGAGAAAUCUGAACUUAAAUCUGAAUGUGAAACUGCUGAGACCGAAUGUUAUGAUCUCAAACAAAAACUAUCUGCCUCAAAAUCAUUUGAUGAGCAGUCUGAGAAAAAACAACAACUUAUGUCUCAAGAUAUGGAAACGCUUGAAAAUGCCAAGAAAGAACUCCUGAAAAGUGUUCUUUCUUUGGAAAAUGAGAAACAUAAUAUCUUGGCAGAACUUGAAAAGAGGAAGAGUGAAUGUGAAAGUGCUAAAGUGAAACUGAAUGAAAGUUGUGAAAAUGAAAAGAAUCUCAGGGACAAAUUGACAGUGUCAGAAGAGAAGCUGUUGAGCCAUCAGAAAAGAGAAAAGGAGUUGGAAGAUGAAGUCUCUCAGCUGAAGUCAAUUCAGUCAGAGCUCAAGUCUGAAAACUCAAGCCUGGAGAAGGUUGAAGAAGUUGUGAAGGAGAGAGAUGAGUUGCAGGAACAACUGCACUUGCUUCACCAUGAGCAGGGCAAGAUGAGUCUGAAAAUGGAAGUGUUGCAGGAUGCCGAGACUAAGCUGAUGGACAGGGUCAUGGAACUAGAGCAGGUGGAACAAGAGCUGAAUGACCAACUAGAGACCAGCUCCAGACUCUCAAGAGAAGGAACUUUAUGUUCUGAGACAUCUACCAUCACUGAUGUGUCCUCUAAACCGGACAUGUCAGACCAGUCAACAUCAACCUGUGAUCUGACAGGUACUGAUAAACCAGAACCUGUUAAGAAGGUAUCUGGAAUUUUCCAAAGACUUCAGGAGCUGGAGACUGAGAACAAGGACAUGUCCAUGAAGCUGCAGGAUUAUGAAAGUGCUACAACUCAGGCAAAGCAGAUGAAGGAAAAAGUGAAGCUGUUGGAACUAUCAGAAGACAAACUGAUGGAACGUGUUAUGGAAUUGGAACAGUGUGAAGAUAGGUUGAAAGGUGAAGUUCAGAAAUUGAGGAGUAGUUCAAGUGUUGAUGAGAGUAAUAGUGAGAGAGAGGGUAUGAGACGAGCUUCAACUGGUGCUGAAUCUGAUACCUCAGCUUUGAUUACUUAUGUUGAACAGUUAAAGGAAGAUAAAGCAAAUAUUGAAACUCUGUUAGAUGAAGAGAAGCUAAAUGUGGAAAAAAUAGUAGAAGAGAAAAUGAUUCUUCAGGAGGAACUUUUACAUUUGACCGAGAGUGUUAAGGAAGAGAAACAGACAUUGGAAGAUAAGGUGAAGUCAUUGGAAAGAUUGCAUCAAAAGGAACAGUUCAAGGUUGACUCUCUGCAGAGUUCAGAGUUUGUUUUGAAAAAGGAUCUGGAGGCCCUGAAACAUGAGAAGAAGAGUGUUGAGGAUGAGAUGAAUGAUCUGCAGAGUCAGGUCAUUGACUUUCAAACUCAAAUUGUCGACCUGGAGAAUCAGCUUCAGGAAGAACGCCACAUGGUGGAAAUUGUCAAUGAUAAAAAGAUCAGCUUAGAGGAAAAACUUCAAAGUUUUGAGGAAACAGUCUCCCAACAACAACACCUGUCAAAAACAUAUGCCAGUGUUGAGGAUCGCCUGCUGAAGUCCAAGACAGAGGAGUCUAGUGUGUUGAAAGAUUUGGAGAAGGAGUUGAGGACAACUCAGGGAAAGCUAGAGGAAGUGCAGGUUGAAUAUGAGAAGAAGAUCUCAGAUCUUCAGGCUCAACAUCAAGUUCUAGAGCAGAGUGAGAAACAUGUGAAAAGUGCUAUCAAUGUCAAUGUUCAGAAAGAACAGGAACUUCAAGAGCAAAUAGAAACUCUACAAAUUGAGAUUAGUGAAAUCUGUGAUAAAUCAAAACAGCUUGAAGACAGAGUUUCUGUGCUUCAGUCUGAAAAUUCUAGUCUUGUGCUUAAAUGUGACAGUCUUACCAAAGACAAUGAAAAGUUGUGUGAAUCUGUAAAGAACCUCAGACAAGAGUCUGACCCAAAGAAGAAAAGUACCACCCACCACCCAGUCUUGCCAAAAAUCACCUCCCUUGCCACCGCCUCACCUCGUACUAAAGACAUUCUGAAGAAACCUCUUCCAUUUGGUGCAAACAAAUCAGUGCAAUUUCUCAGGGAAAAAGACCUUCAAAGUCAAGUGACCGCUUUAGAAUCCAAACAGAAGGAACUGUUGGACACUAUUGGUAAACUCGAAAGAGAAAAUGCCAAGCUGAAGGAAGGUCCAUCCUAUACCUCAACGUCCACACUGUACCUGACUCCAGCCAGUAAGAAGUACGGAAGCUCACGGUACUCGGGGACAAAGGAGUCCUCUAGCGAGGAGCUGCUGCAGAAGGUGCAUCUGCUGGAGCAGGAGAAGGAACAGGGGCGACAGAAGGUGGAGGAGUUGGAGAAAUACAUCACAGCAUUCAAGGCUGAAGUCACAAACCUGAGGGAUUUCAUUGUUGAGGGGGAGAAAAAGGCGACAGAUACAUUCCAUAUUAAACCCAAACCAAUGUCGCCUUCAGUGUCCCUGCACCAUGUGGCAGAAAUCUCAAAUCUAGAAGUUGAAUUACGACGGAAGAUGGCCGAGAUACAACACCGAGAACAGACCCUCAGAUCUGAAGUUAGUCCAGUUGGUGUUGAAAAACUCAAACACCAGGUCAUUGAACUCAAAGCAUCAGAAGCAAGACUUAAACAAAAGGUUGUUGAACUUCAGCUUGUAGAAGAUGAUCUCAGAAAGAAAAUAAAACACUCUGAUAGGUCAGCCAAACCACCACCCGUACCAGCAUCGAAGUGUGAUGGAAAUCAUGCAGAAUUCUUCCAUAAGAUUGAUACCUUGAAGAAACGUGAACAUCAUUUGAAGCAGCAGAUAGAGAGACUGGAACAAGAUGCCAAGAAUCAGGUUCUGUCCAGAAAAGUGGACCAACUUGAGCAGUCAGAGAAAUCUCUGAAGAGGAAAGUUGAACGGCUUGAGACUAGCCAGGUGGCAGCACCUGUUGCCACAGAGACAACAGACAACAUGUUGGACAAACCAGAAGAUGUACUGCUUCAGCAGAUCCGUGAACUGGAGAAGCUGGACAAGCAUCAUAGAGAACAGAUAUCUGAACUGGAAGCAGACAGAGAGGAGCUCCAUGAGAUUGCACGGAGGGACAAAGGGACCAUUCAUGAUCAGAAUGUUCGCAUCCGGGAGCUGCAGCUGUCGGAGAAGGUGCUCCGGGAGCAGGUGGAAAAGAUGGAGGCUGCAGAGUCGGAACUCUACCAGAAAUGUGAAGAUCUGGACUCCCAGAAAACCAAGAUGGAGGACCAGACACAUCUCCUGCAGAUCCAUGAGAGGAGACUCCGCGAACUUGUCAAGAAACUCAAACUGGAUGAGGAAUUAUGGAUUGCAAAAUCCGAAAACAUGGAAAUGACUGUAGAAGAGCUUGCUGCUUCAGAGGUUAAUCUGAGAAAGAGGCUAGAGGAGCUUGCCACAGAGAAGAUGACUCUGGCACAGAAGUCAGAAUAUCUUCGACUUCGGUGUCAGGAGUUGGAAAGCUCUGAGACAGCUCUGUAUGAGAGGGUGAAGAAUUAUGAAAAUGUGGAAGUCAGUCUUCAGAACAAGUUAAUGGUGUUAGAAAACUCUGAGGCAGCAGCUAAUAGUAAGAUAUCCGAACUAGACAUGAUGAAUAUGGACAUUUCCACGCGGCUACAGAGAGCCGUGGAGGAGAAUGCUGUCCUGUACAAUCACAUCCAGGGCAUUCAGGGAAAUGUGCAAGAGCUGAACAGGCAGCUUCUUGUAACAAAAGACUCAGAACUCGGUUUGAAACAGCAGGUGGAGAGUUCAGAGAAGAACGAAACUGUGUUGCAAAAACGUUUGAAGGAAUUUGAGUUGCGAGAUAUAGACUCUCAGGCUAAAGUGAGGCAACUUGAGCAGACUGAAGCUAUUAUGAAGGACCGCAUCAGUAAUCUACAGCGGAGUGAGAACAAACUCAAGUACCGGAUUCAGGAACUGGAGAGCAGUGGCAAACAGUCUUUGGAGGGAGCGUCCAGGGAGAGGCUCCCCCGCACUCUUGAGGAGUGUCACAAGAGGAUUGUGGUCCUUCAGAAUCAGCUCAAGCAGACUGCCCAGUUUUCGGAUGAUGAUGAAGGAGCCAUAGUAAAAGUGCCGAAAACGGAGUUGGCACAAGUGCAGGCAAAGAUGGUUUUGCUCGAAGAAUCUGAGCGUCAGUUGUCUGAGACCGAGAAACUUGUUUCUCAUCUCCGAGACACAGUGGUACAGCUCAGACAGGGCAAGGGUUCGUGUGGUCAUGAGGUGGAGCUGGAUGUAUGUAGGAAGAGGAUCCAAUCCUACGAGAACAUCUUGCAGCGUCUCAAACAAAUCCUGCCAUCAGAGCAGGUGCCCUCUUUGUUGAACCCUGACUCAGAUCCAUCUGUUCAGGGCUCAUCCAGUGAGAACCUCCCAGCACGAGGUCUUCAGUCCUUGGAGUCAGAGAGGGUUAUGCAGACAAUGAGAGGCUUGACCAGGCCAGUGGGGACCGCAGCGUUGCAACCCCAGGCCAUACAUGCUGAGGAACAGGUGCCCUCAGACCUCAGCAGUGUUGAAGAAGAAAAUAUGCAUCAGGUGCAAGGAAGCAGAGUGUACACCCGCCCUCGUGUAUCUGCUUCUCAAGAUGGCCGAAGCGGCCAUCUUGAAUCUAGUGAUGCUGAAUCUGUGAUGGAGGAGCAGUGGAAGAAAAUUGAAUCUAAGAAACCACGUCUGGAGAAGAAAGCAGAUUUGUCUGGCAACUGGAAGAGUGUUGCCAAGGCUGUUCCUUCCACCUCCCCCAGGAAGAACACAGAUAGUCAGGAGGAAUUAAUAAUAGGUCUCACCCUUAACUCGGAGAGUGAGCACAGCCAUUACCGAUCACAGAAUGACACGGAUUCCAAUAGGUCAAGCCCUCAGCUGCAACGAGCUAGAGCAUCGAAGGAUACUAGCUUUGAAUCGCAUGCUCCGCCUUUGCCAAAAUCGCUUCCACCAUCUUUGCCACAAAAGGUGGGAAAUUUCGCAGAGAAAUCCUACUAUCUACCGAGCUCAGAGUUGGACGGUAGUGCUGACGAGACUCAGAGGUCAGCAGGUCAGCGUGUCCCUCACCUGCAAACAGCGCCCCCUGUGUCUGCCCAGGUUACUCGGACAGUGUCGGCUGAGAGUGUUGCCGACAGUGGGCAGGGCACCAUGGGAACAGGAUCAAUGUUCUCGACAUCCAGGGGGUCGGUCAUUAGAGACAGGAUAGCGCAGCUUGAGAGACAACUGCAGUCCAAGAGCUCGGGAGCUGAGAGUAGGACUGAUGAAGAAGAUACUGUGUUUUCUUGGAAACAUAAGGCUCUAGAGAAACCACGGCAUAUUGAGAUUAUUGAGAAGGAGAAUAAGAAUGUCAAAGAUGAAAUCAAUAAGUUAGAGAAGGAGUUAGAGGAGAAGAGACGACACAUUGAUACAUUUACAACUUGGAUGUCUGAGGCAGAGGAACUGCUCAGAAACCAGAACAAGCAAAGCGACAGGGACAUAGUACAGAACUUACAGUCACAACUAGUCAACAUUAGGUCUGAACUACAACACACAGGAUAUCGGAAAGAAGACAUAUUGGAAGACCCAGCAGCAUUUAGAACAGAACUUAACAAACGGGAUAGAGAAAUAGCAGCUAAAACUAGUGAGAUACAGACACUAACAAGGGAAGUCCUUCGAUGGAAGGAGGAAUGUGAUAGGACAGAAAUAAUGCGUGCCAACGCACUUGACAGUCUAAGAAAUUUGGAGGUUGAAGUAACACAUUUGGAGAAUGCUGACGAACAGCUAAUGGAGUUGAAGGAAGAAUACGACAAACUUCGGGAACAGCUCAAUGAUCUGAGGAGUGUCUGCACAGAAUAUAAGCAUGUUCUGGCUGAGAAAGAAGAUCUUGAAGAUGAGAUUCAAAAUUUGAGGCUUCGUCUUAAAGAUUUUGGUGUGAAGGAAGCAGAAAAUAAUGCCCUUGAAGGACAGCUGGAGGGAGCUUCAAGACUUCUCAGUGACCGGAUGGAGCGGGUUGAGCAGCUGAAGCAGGAGCUGGUUCACCUCCAGGACAAGAUGGCGGACAUUGACAAGGAGAACAAUCACCUGAAGUCCAUGCAGGAUGACUAUCAUAACAUUAAAUCCAGGUAUGAGGAGAUGGAGAGACUGAAGAACAAGGCUGUAAUGGCCAUCUCCCCUCUGAAGGCUCAGGUGGCCCGGCUCAGCAGGAAGUGCAGGGAGAAGGAUGCUUUGAUCCACCGUCUAGCAGAGGAGCUGAAGCGGUGCCAGACUGCGGAGAACCUGGCUUCGGUUCUGGAGGAACUGGAACAGUUUGAGCAGGACACCGAGAAUGAGGAGUACUACCGCCCCCUCUCACCCUACACACAGGCCAAUCGGGCUGAUAGUCCAAGGGCAGGGAAGAUUGACGUCAACAGCUUUAUUAGGAACCAGAGGAAUUCUGGGCGGUGGUCCUCGUCUUCAUCACUAUCAGACAGUCGGGAUCUGUCCAGCGACCCUGAGAUGGGGAGUGUUGAAUCUGCCAACAAGAGGAGGCCCAAAUCCGCUGACCACUUGAUGGGUCGAAGGUCACCAUUCCAGGGAAUUCUCCAACGCUCAAUCAACGCGAACAACCUGAGUCCAAGGGGCAGUGGUGGACUGGUCAACAGCAUGAGGGAGAAAUAUGGACAUCUGCCAGAUGCCAGUCACUUUGUGGCCAUCACAGACUACAUUCCAGACGUUUCAUCAUCUACCGGUCAUCCCAGUCUGCAGCUUCGACUGCAGGAAGGUGACAGGUCAAGGUCACAGGUCCAAUAUGAGAAUGGUUACUAUGAGGUGGAGUGUAACGGGAGAGCGGGUCUGGUUCCUGCCACAUGUCUCCAGCCUGCAGGACUGGGUUCUAAUGGACACCAUGGAACACCCAAAGAGAGGAGGUUAAAACACCUGAAGAACCAGCCUCCUCACCAAGACAACAGCCCGGAGAGAGUGACGGAGAUGUAUCAUCAGCUGCAGGCUCCACAGAUCUCCCCCAGACAUGGGGGCAGCAGCAGCAGCAGCAGCAGCAGGUCCACCCCCACCAGUAGCCUCACCCAUCAUGGCACACAGACACCCAAACACCUGGUGUCCUCCACAUCUGCUCAGACACGCUCACACAAGCCCAUGUUUAAACCCCCCCAGAGAAGUGGUCCACCUGAGGCUCCAAGACAAUUCCAUGUGGAGCGGCUGGUUGGCGAGGCUGGUAUCAUGUUGUCAUGGAUACCACCAGAUCUUGAUGAAGUUGGUUGUAGCAACAACUCCCAGGUUGUAGGCUACAGGAUCUACCUGAAUGGCCGCCUGUGUCUGCAGCCCUCUAGUCCCCACCUGGCAAAGUCUGUGAUAGAGAACAUCGACCACAGCCAGCACCAACACUUCUCCAUGCAGACAGUCAGCAGCUCGGGGCAGACCUCCACGCUGGUGGAGACUCUGUACAAACCCACUGAACUGCCUCACAUUGAGAGAAGCGAGAAUGAGGCUGCCCCAGAGCCAGAUCUGACCUCCAUUUUGUCUGGUCGACAUUAUGACCAGGCACAGAAGAGGCUGUUUAUGGGCGUGUACGACUACGACCCCAGCCACCACUCCCCGCAUGAUAACACAGGGUAUGAACUGGCGUUCAGGGCAGGAGAUGUCAUCGAAGUGUUCGGUCAGCUCCGUCCGGAUGGCUUCUAUCAUGGCCAGAUAAAUCGCAAGAGAGGCCUUGUGCCAGCAAGUUUCAUUGAAGAAGUCCCUCCUCCUUACAGACCGGGGACCUCAAGUUCUUCCUCUAAUCUUCACACUCCACGGUCGACCAACAGCACACUGCGACGCACACCUCGUUCAUAACCUACACUUUUUCCCGUUGACAUGACCUCACAAAUUUGCUUUCAUCACAAGCUUGCAGAAGGGCUUUUGCCAUGUACAAUACUUGCAUAAUUCACACCUUUCAUUGCCAGCAAUUUAUUGGGACUGUUGAUUGGUGCGUUUAACUUUAAAUGAUGAUGCUAUGGCAACUAGCAACAAGCUGUACUCUCAUUGGACAGUUUCAGCUUUCUUAUGGUUAAAGAUGUCAGUGAUUGGCUGAGAAGUUGCCUGUUUUGUGAGGUGUUUGUCGAGUGGCUGUUGAUAUUGGAUACGCUAGUGAAUGAAAUCUCUGAAGCCAGUUUCACAGUAUUGAUAUAAUAUUGAUACAAGGGUAAUUAAUGAUGUCAGCAUGUUUUUCUGUGUAAAACCAAAAGCUCCACUUCCAAAAGAUGAUUCCAUUGUGUGACUCCUUGCAAGUUGUUUAUUACUGACAAGGUGCGAUUUCAACUCUCUAAAUAUCUUGAUCUUCCACCAAACAUGAAUGUUAUGAAAAUGGCAGCAUUAGCAAAAUAGCAGUUUGAACUCUCGAUGCUGGGGGUCAGCACCGUUUUGUUCUUCAGUACAAAAUUGUCAAAGUAUUGUGCCAAGUUGUGCCAACAUUAUUUUGGUUAAGUACUUCCUACAUUUACCGAUCUUGUUUCCUUGCACCAUGCAAGACAAAUGUUGAUAUUAUGUCUUCUAUUCUGAUAUAUGACUGUUAUGUUCAGACAGUAAUUAACACGCCAGUAGGAAAACUUCACGACAUUGUGUGCCAUUAACUCAGCUUUGCUAAUCUGUAUCCUACUCAUUUGUUAAUAUGAAUUUAUUUAUUGAAACAGAAUUCCAGUGAAAUGUUGUUAAAAAAUGGCUGUUAACAGUUGUAGAUAAAUAUAUCGUUGAUAUAUUGCAGUUAAUCUGUUUUUGUUUCAAAUUCCAUUGUACAUUACUAGGAUUUUUGUGGACCAUAUUUUGUUGUGAUUUUGAAAUAUCUAUUCAACAAUCUAAUAAUCAAAUAUAAAAUUCCAAUUUGAUAUUCUUCAGCAUUAACUGUUUGUAUUUGUUGAAAUCAGUGGAUAUGUCAAUAUCUUAGUUCAGUUAUCCAAAAUGUUCCUUUCAUCCUCAAUUAACUAUAUAUUAAAGUUCGACUUAGUCAAAAAUGUGCAUGGGUUUCAUGUAAUGUUUGUGUUGAUACAAAUGUUAUGCUUUGAUUUUUAAAUGAAUGGUUUAAUUACAAAUGUGCAUAUAACAUUACUUGAGUUCAUCUCUAUCCUGAAAGCUGUUUAUGGAAUGUUGUAAACAUUCAGUGUUAGCAGCUAAUGUGUACAAAAUAAUCAAACACUGAGUUAAGUCAUUGUAUAGUUGUACAGGGUUGGUAGGAGAAUAGUAUCCUACUGAAUGACCUCAAAUAUUAGAAGUCAGGUCCCGGAAGGAAACAGUAUCCCAUCUGCAUGUUGACAGAUGGAUGGUCCCACGAUUUUGACAUGUUUAUAAUCACACUGUAAUAUACGGUUUGUAUUUUGUUGAUGAUGUUAUUAUGAAUGCAGUUGAACUAUGCAAAAUAAUUAGAGGCAAUAUGUAUGUACUUAUUUUUAAUACAAUGCUCAUACAAAAUUAAAAACAAUGUAAACAUUA